AUGUGUGUCCCAAGAUCAUCAAUUCUCAGCGGCAACACCAGCCGUGCACGAAGGCUCGUGGAGCUCAUCAACGCCCAGCCCAUCAACGUGCGACAGCUUGCCUUCGGAACAAUCAGCAGAGCCAGUGAGUCCAACCCCGCUGUCCUAGACACAGCCUUGGAUGACCCGAACCUCUUCAUCCGACACAUCAGGGAGAGUAUCGAGCGAGCUGCUACGUCGCCACCGCCAGGAAACUCGCCCGCAGGAAGCCGUACUCAAGUCCUCAUGGGCCUGCUCAGGUCCGAGCCGACAGAAGUCCGCGAGCUCGCGCACGCAGUCCUGCUUUCUUCCGAGGACGACGCAAGCCCUGACUCUCAGGUUGGCAGUGCUCUAGACGAUCCACGAGGCUUCAUACAGCAAAUGAGAGUCUUCGCGCAGCUGGAUACUCGGGCGGAUGCACGGCAGCCUACAAGUCAGAGUGGAACGGGUCAGCCACGCUCGGGUCCGCCCGAAACUCCCGAGGGGCUCGACCCCGAGGUCUUCCAUGGCUUGCCAGACGACAUACGCGCCGAAGUACUUUCUCUAAUGCCCUCGGAUCCGCAGCCGCCACAGAGAGCCGCUCAGGCUGUAGACGAAUCCCGAGCUGUGCCAGAGGCUGUCCGUCCAGAUCCUGUCGAAUCGUCACUCGCCAGCGAGCCGCCUGUUCAGGAACCCACGCCUGUUCCUGAGCCCACUUCCGUCCAGGAGUCUACUUCCGUCCAGGAGUCUACUUCCGUCCAGGAACCCACCUCCGUCCAGGAGCCGACCUCUGUUCAAGAGCCCACUUCGGCCCAGGAACCGACGUCCGUCCAGGAACCUACUUCCACUUCGGCAACGUCUGCCACCGAGCCAACGGCCUCCUCCUCAGCUGCGGCCGAGCCCUCUUCGGCCUCGUCGGCCGGGCCGGCCUCGACUCCUGUGAUCAACGCCCCUGCUUCAGCAGACAUGUGCGCUGAGAACCAAAAGACUACCCUCGAUGAGUGGGGACUUGUGGUUUCCAACGGCCGCGUCGUGGAGUCGAGCGUGGACGGCACUGUCUGCACUACCUACAACGACGUGGUCACACUUGCCGAUGGAAAGACUGCCGUGAAGUUCACCGCCGACGCCAACCUUGUCUUCGACGAGGCCACGAUGAAUGACAACAAGUACUACUCCAACGUUGCCGUGACCAAGAACGUGGACGAGAAGCUCGGUGACAUCGCGUCAAUCCCCUCGUCAUACACCUGGUCUAGGACCAAUACAUCCGAUUUCAGAGGUAACGUCUGUCUCGACAUGGUCCUCGCCCCCGACGCCCACGACUGGACCUCGGCAGCGACAAAGGAAUUCCAGAUGUGGCUGCACUGGCAGGGCGACCAGCUGCCCCUCGCAUGGUACAACGGCACCAAGGCGACCUUCAACAUGUGGGGCCAGAGUUGGGACAUGUAUCAGGGCGUCAACUACAACCUCGCUGGCGGCGAGGGCGUUGAGUUGACCACCAUUCUGCCGACAGCCGGUGACCUGGGUGCGUCGGGCACCUGGUCCGGUGACCUCAAGGACUGGCUCGCGGAGAUGGUGAGCCAGGGCAUUGUCACGAACGACUACUACGUCAACGUGGCCAACGCCGGCACCGAGCAGUUCUAUGGUGAUUCUAUCCUCGAGUCUACUGUGUCCAUGCAAAUCAAUCUCAACUAG